CGAGUUGAGCUGUCCGGACUACCCUGUGUGUUCAUGUACAGUAGGACGUGUCUCUGCUGGAGCUAACUGUAGCUAGCUGUUUCCGGUCUCCUCAUGGCUAACGAGCGGCUCAGAGCUCUGGAGGAUGUCGAAAAGGAGAUAGCGACGAUCCUGCAGUGUGCCGGUAAUAUAGUUCUGGAACUGUCCAAAGACAAACACAACGCCAGCCUCUUGGACAGACAGCUGGUCCAGUUCCAGAGUUCGGUCAACCGAGUGGAGAGUGAACUGAGUGCCCAGAUCCGCUACCUGACACAGGUAGCUACUGGUCAACCUCACGAGGGCUCCACUUACUCAGCCAGGAAGGACUGUCAGAUGGCACUGAACAGGGCAGAGUAUGCCAAGGUCAAACUGGGAGAACUGGGACGGACCUGUGAAGUGAUGCUGGAGCAGCAGCAGCAGCAGACAUGAGAGCAGAGAGAAAUACUGGCUGGCUCGUGAAAUAGUGAUCACUGGGCUUACAGCAGCAUUUCACUGUGAUACCUGACUGUAUGUGCCCUCAUCCUCCACUUCUACCAGCAGCCUGAAAGUCUUUUUAUAGAUCCUUAUUAUUGUUGUUACAAAUACUGAAGUGGCAAAAAAACACAAGGAACAACUCAAAGAAAAAAGCGUCUUAUACAUUUUAUUUUGCAUUUCUGGGUAUAUUUUGUUGUUUGAUGGUCCCUUUUUCCUAUUCACGUGCAUAGCAGACCAAAUUUGAUGUUUCAAAUGUUUCAGCAUAAUCUGCACUUGUCAGGGUCCGGAUUCUCUCUGGGCCGUAUAUAAGCAGGGGGGGUUCGAGUGAAAUAUUCAUGGGAUGGGGUGUCCAGAGGGUGGCAUGGAGACUUUAAGGAGUGGAAGAAAAUUACAGUGAAAAUUAAGUCUGAACUGUCCAAGACCGUCAUAGUGUGCAUCACAAUGCUGUAUGGCUAUUUUGGGCCCUCAGCAGCUCAUAAAAGUAGUAAAUGAAGAAUGUUGAAAAUAUUAACUCACUAGAUGGUAGAUUAUCUUCUGAACACAUUAAAGCUGUAGUAGGUAAUUCUUAUAAAAUACAUGUUUGUGAUAUUUGCUGAAACUUUAACUAUAUCUUGACAGUAGUACAUGAGACAGAUAAUCUGUAAGAAAAAAAUCUGGUUCCUCUGGCUCCUCCUAGUGCAUUUGCAAGAAUUAAUGACAUACCACACAGCUGACAUAAUUCACAAAAAUUUGCAAUUGCAAGCUUUUGUCACAUUUUACAUCAGUUCAAGAUCACAACACCCUCAAUUUUACUGGUGGAAAAGUUUAUUUUCACAAACAAGAAGCCUUGUGAAAUGUUUUUGAACAGAAUAAAGACAUUUUUGUAGUUACAACACAUUUUUAUUUGUACAUUUAAUUGAGUAAAAUAAUAAAAUUCAACAGUG